AUGGACCACCACCAGCUGGCACAGGCCGCACUCAGCCUCCCGCCCCUCCUCCACGUCGCAAAGGCAAAAUCCCACCCGCCCCCGCUCAUCUUCCGCCACUCCCUCUUCCUCUUCCCCCUCUUUGUCGCCGCCUCCAUCCUCAUCCUCCUCCUCUCCUGGACUAUCCCAAAACUCUACAAGGCCAUCAAGUCCAAGUUCAGCAAGCACGGGUACGAGCGGAUCCUCGCGCGCGAUGACGAGCUGGGCGUAGAGACCGAGGCCGUCGAGGUCGUCGCUGCCCCGCCGGCCAUGCCGUCUGGCGGACUCUUGGACGACUUCAAGAAACACGUCCGGUCCAUGCGGGAAUACGGCACGGUACUCUUUGCUCUCGAGGUCAUCCGCACGCUUUGUCUCUGUGCGCUGCUCGGCCUCAGUAUCUAUGCGACCAUCCUCGCCGAAUCGCCGGUGGAAAACAGCACAGACCUCGGCGAUGUGGAUAUUUUGAAAAAACACUGGAAAGGCAAAAAGGGCAAAAAGAGAAAGCACCACCACAAGUCGACGGUCGAUGACUAUUCGAGCUUGGAAUGGGGAGAGUUUGGGGUCUCGGGGUUCUACCUCUACACCUUGGUCUUUUCAUUCCUGCUUCUCACCCUUCGGCCGGCCACUCCCCUGAGGCGACACCUCAUCGCCCAUCUGGAUGUACUCUUGCUCUUGGGUUUCGCCGUCUAUGCCUAUAGAGACUACUGGCCCCUGUUCACAUUCAACCUCGAACCCGCCGACAUUCACAACGCCAUCACCUGGUCCCGUGCCGUUAUUCUCACCAUCGCCGCCGUCGUCAUCCCGCUCAUCCGGCCUCGUACCUACACACCUGUUGACCCCGAGAACCCCACCCCACCAGGCGAGGUGCACCCGGAGCAGACGGCGCCGAUCUUGUCGUACAUCUUUUUCGAGUAUAUGACGGGCUUGGUUUGGAAAGCUUGGAAGUCGCCAAGCUUGCCUUAUGAAGCGCUGCAUCCGUUGGCGGAUUAUGACGGGGCUGCUUAUCUAUAUAGUCAAAACAUGGACAAGCUCGACCCGGUCAAACGUAAAGCCAAGGGCCUCAAGCGCCGCAAUCUCGUCAUCCUUCUGGCCUCCAUCUUCAAGGAAGAGAUCGUCUUUGUCUGCGCCAUGACCAGCAUCGCUGCUAUUCUCGAGCUCUCUGGGUCUGUCGGCAUCAACCAGCUCCUCGACUAUCUCGAGAAGGACGGCAAAGGACACACCCUCCGCCCCAUCGUCUGGAUCAUUGUCCUCUUUGCCGGCCCUACCCUCUCUUCAAUGGCUCUCCAGUUUUACAUCUUCACCACCACUCGUACUCUCGUCCGGACCGAGGCGCUGCUCACGCAAUUGCUGUUUGAUCAUUCGCUGAGGUUGAGGAUGAAGGAUCAGGACGCAGUUGUGCCUGUGGUGACUGUCGAAGAGAUUGUGGACCAUGCUCCCGGGGCACCUGAAGAGUUGCUUCAUCAAGCGGACAGUGAGACAGAGAGAGAGACUGCUGUCGCCCCUUCGACGGAAGCUACCGAAGUUGGGAGCUCUGCCGGUUCCGACAAGGACAAGGCUACGUCUCGCAAAGCUGCCGCCGACGCUGAAGCUCAAAAGACCAAGGGCCAAGGUCUGGCGGGCAAGAUCAACGUCCUCAUGGCUGCCGACAUUGAUGCUCUCAUCGAAGGCCGUGAUCUUGCCCUCGUCUUUGUCUACACUCCAAUCCAGUUUGUUCUGUGUAUCGCCCUGCUGUAUAGGAUCCUCAGCUGGAGUUCCCUCAUCGGGAUGCUUACCAUGUUCAUUACUCUCCCUCUCCCCGGCCUGCUCACCAAGCUCAACGCGCAGUUCCAGCGGAAACGGAUGCUGGCAACGGACUCGAGGAUCGAUACCAUCACUGAAGCGAUCGGUGCGCUGAGGAUUAUCAAGAUGUUUGGCUGGGAGGACAGGAUCAAGGAGAGGGUGGCGGCAAAGAGGGAGGAUGAGUUGACGCUUAUUUGGCAGAGGAGGUUGAUGACACUCUUUACGACUCUCUUGAACACUGUACUGCCCGUCUUGACGAUGACGGUGACCUUUGCCGUCUACACUACUGUUCAGAAACAGCAACUCACGGCGGCCAAAGUCUUUACCAGUAUGACGGUGUUUGAACUCGUAAAGGGACAAAUGGGCAUGACUUUCUACUUGUUGAACUCUAUCGUCACUGCUUGGGUGUCUGUCGGUCGACUUGACAAGUUCCUGCACGAGGCAACCUUCCAGAGCGAAAUGAUCGACGAGUACGCUGAAGAGGCUUCUACUGACGACAAGCCCGAAGGCUUGCUCAAAGCUGAAGAAGACGGUGUCGUUCGAUUCCACGAGGCCACCUUCACCUGGGACCCCAAGCCGUCAAACAAAGAUGAUCAAGGUUUCAAGCUAGUCAUUGAAGAUGCCGCAUUCGUCAAGGGCAAGAUCAACUUGAUUGCUGGACCUACCGGUAGCGGCAAGAGUUCUCUGCUCAAAGCACUGGUUGGUGAACUUCAUUUCCACCGAAAAGCCGGUUCAUUCUUCCAUCUGCCCCGCUCGGGUGGUGUCUCAUAUGCCGCCCAAGAAAGCUGGUGCUCCUCCGACUCUAUCCGCGACAACAUCCUUUUCGGCGAGCCCUUCGAAGAGGCCCGAUACUGGAAGGUCAUCAGCGCCUGUGGGCUUGAACCUGAUCUAAAGCUCUUUGAUGACGGUGACCACACCGAAGUCGGAGAGAAGGGCAUCACGCUGAGUGGCGGGCAAAAGGCGAGGAUCACUUUGGCGAGGGCCAUCUAUAGCAGGACUGCUGUUGUGCUUCUGGACGACAUAUUCUCUGCUUUGGACACCCUGACUUCUAGGUGGAUCAUCGACAACUUGUUCACUGGCGACCUUGUCAAGGACCGAACUGUCUUGCUCAUUACUCAUCAUCUCCAUCUCAUUGCUCCUGUUGCCGACUAUAUCAUCACUCUCAAUGAGGACGGUACUGUCCGAUCGCAAGGUUCUGUCAAUGAGGCAGCUCUCGACCAGGGCGAACUCGAGGAGGCCGAGGCGGCCGAGGACCAAGAGAUUAAGGAUGCCGAAGAAGAGGAAAAGAAGGAAGAGAAGAAGCCCGCUGCCAAGCUCAUCAAGGAUGAAGAAAAGAGCGAGGGACGUAUCUCCAAGAGAGCUCUCUUUGCGUUCUUCAGAACUUUCGGCGGCCCCGUCUUCUGGUUCCUCUACUUUGGACUCCUUGUCGGUGGUCAAGCCAUGUCCUCUUUCGAGACCUACUGGCUCGGUCGCUGGGCUCGCGCUUACGACGAGUCUGGGACCCCCAAGGACGUCUCUGUGGCAUUCUACCUCGGCCUGUACUUUGUCUUUGUCCUCAUCGGUCUUGUCGAGCUAGCUGCUUCGGCUAUCCUGUUCUACAUCGGUGCCGUCAAGGCGUCUAGAGAAGUGCACAGGAGACUGGUGAAUUCCAUCUUUGGAGCUUACAUGCGAUUCCUGGACUCUACUCCUGUUGGUCGAAUCAUCAGCAGGUUUACCAAAGAUAUGAAAUCCGUGGAUGGAUCUUUCACCGAGACUUUCGCGAAUGUUGCCGAUGUCACCGUCGGCCUUGCGCUCAAGAUCAUCGUGGUUGUGUCCUUGGUGCCGUUAUUCUCUCUUCCCGCUGUCUUCAUUGGUCUUCUUGGAGGUACCAUCGGCGAGAUGUACAUUCACGGUCAGCUCAGUGUCAAGCGAGAAAUGUCCAACGCCAAGAGUCCUCUCUUCUCUCACUUUUCUGCCGCUUUCAAUGGUAUCGUGUCGAUCAGGGCUUAUGGUGCUCAAGACAAGAUGCGCAAUGAAGCUCAGAGGAGGGCGGACAAGUAUACGCGUGCGGCCGCCAAUCCGAGCAAUAAUGCCAAAUUCAUCUCUGAAUCAACUGACGUUUAUUUCAGCUUCAACUUCAACCGAUGGGUCACGGUACGACUUGACAUGUUGGGUGGUCUCUUUGCUGCCUGUCUCGCUGCGUUCUUGGUGUACGGUCCCCGACUCGAUGCCUCCACCGCCGGUUUCGCUCUCUCACAGGCCAUUUCAUUCUCUUCCAUGAUCCUUUGGUGGGUCAGAAUGGUCAACGAGAUGGAGGUACAAGGCAACUCAGUAGAGCGUAUUCAAGACUAUCUAGACAUCCCUCAAGAACCCGCCUUUGAUGACCGCAAGCAACCCUCUGCCGCUUGGCCCACAUCUGGAGAAAUUGUGCUUGACGGACUCUCUGCCAAAUAUUCCAACGAUGGCCCUAUCGUCCUGGACGAACUCAAAGUCUCCAUCAAGAGCGGUGAAAAGGUCGGCAUUGUUGGGAGGACAGGGAGUGGAAAGUCGACCUUGGCUUUGGCUCUCUUGCGAAUGCUGCCUACCACAGGCAAGGUGCUGAUCGAUGGGGUCGAUACUGCCAAGAUCAAUUUGCACGCCCUGAGGUCGAAUGUGACUAUCAUUCCGCAAGACCCGAUCCUUCUUUCCGGUAGCUUGCGAUUCAACCUCGACCCCUUUGGUGAGCACGACGAUGCCGAGCUCAACGACGCGCUUCAAUCCUCUGGCCUCGGUGACACUCGUCAAAGCGGAAACUCGGGUAGUAUCACCCCUCAACGUCUGUCGCUCGACACCCACAUCUCAGCCGGUGGUGGUAAUCUGAGUCAGGGCCAAAGGCAGCUGGUGGCCCUUGCCAGGGCUCUAGUGAGGAACAGCAAGGUUCUCAUUCUUGAUGAGGCAACUGCAUCUGUCGAUUUCGAAACCGAUACUCUGAUCCAACAAUCUAUCAGGGAUCUUCCAUCUUCUUGCACCGUUCUUACCGUGGCGCACCGUCUGUCCACUGUCAUGGACUAUGACAAGAUUCUCGUGCUCGGUGCUGGAAAGGUGCUCGAAUACGACACUCCCAAGAACCUGCAACAGAACAAGGAAAGCUAUUUUGCCAAGUUGGUCCAGGCGAUGGAGGGUAAAGAUGUCGAUAGCACGUAA